UACCUGUUUUGAAGAAAUCGAGCCAAAAUGGCGGAUAAUGGAGAUUCUUUAAAGGGGUCCGUUCAAGAAACUGGUGAUAGACAAGUUUCGGAGCUGGUCCUUCAUCGUCACCCAAGUGGAACUGAUGCUGAAAUUUCACCAGUGACAAAAAAGCUGGCUGAGUUCAUAGCAGCCCUGCUUGUACUUUUGUAUAACUUGCCAAGGGGAUUCUUAGCCAUUGUUCCCACCACAGCGCGUACAGUGGUUCAAUAUAUGCAAACACCACCAAUAGACAUCGAAGGAAGAGACAAAAUGAAACAUGACGGAGAACAAAUUAAAGUUAGUCUGAAGGAAAUAUGCCAUGAGGAAAGCAAAUUGUGGGAAAAGUUUGGCAACUUCCCUUAUCAUUCAACCAUCGGCUUGAAAAAAUGGGAAUGGGAUUUGAGAAUCCUAAGGGAUCGUUUAGCCAAACGUGGAGUCGACAUACACAUUUUACAAGGAUUGGUGACUAAACUGGAAUCAGAAGCGCACACUGCAAUCAAGUGGACGAUUUCCCGAGUAAUCACAGGGCUUCUCCUCGCAAGUGCAGUGUUUGGACAUUGCUAUUAUUGGGAUUCCAUGCCAGGCGUUUGGGAAGGUGGUUCUUUGAUCCUGGUGCUGAUUUUCCUCGUGCGCAAGGCUCAAGAGUAUUACAUCAUUUAUCAGAUGCUCCGUGAGGGCAAACAAGUCAAACGCGAAUUGGAAGAGUCCAGGUGCCGUUAUAUGAAGUGCAAAAUUACCUUAGAGGAGACCUUGCCCUCUUUAAAAGAGAUGGUUGAUAAGUUUGAUGGUGGGUCUUCCUCACCAAAGAUUAAGAGUGAAUGAUUAGAUUUGCAAAAGGCUCCAAGAGGCUUAUUCAGGGAAUUAUAGGUAACCUCAUUCGAAACAAGUGGUCGCACAAUGAACUAAUUGUUGGCAGUAAUAGCUUGGUCGACUACUACAGUUUUGUCACAGAAGAUGAUUUGAAAUCUUCCUCAUAUAAUACGCAACGAUUGUUUUGCCAACAAUGAGGUAGUUGUUCUUCCAAUUUAAAUUUAGUGUUCACAGUCAACGAAAACAAUUAGAAUUCUCCCAAGUACCUCGAAAAGGCCUCUUGAAGCUAAAUGAAGGACUCGAAUCAUCACACUUAAUCAAGUAAACCUAGAACAUAAGUCAUAAAGUUAAUUCUUAUCUUAUAGAGCUUGAGAUAACUCUCAUUCGGGGAUGGUGAGUAGAAGCACAUGGUUAUAGCCAAAUAGCUAAUUCACAGACUUUGAAAUUAAUAAGGAGUUAAGUUGGAUAGCCUUAUGAACCGUGACAUAGCUUGAUGAAAGAACAAAAAAUUUAUGAAAGAGCCACAAAAUGUUAGUUGCCUUCUCUCACCUUUGUUCGCGCAACAAAGUGAAAAUACGAAGUGACCAUUACGAGUAUCAAACAACUGAAGUCAGACUCAAACAAAGUAUUUUGAUCUUCAAUGGUGUAGC